AUGUCAGUCGAUGAUGAGAACGCUUUGGAGGACGACGACGACGACUUUGGUGAUUUUGAGAACGCUGGGAAAGAAGAAGAAACUCUGAAACCAACUCCAACGGUGACGACAACUGUUAAACAACAACAACAAAAACAAAAACAACAAAAACAAAAACAGAAGUCGUCUUCUGCGUUGGAGCUUUUGUCUCUCACAGAUGCCGAGUUCAAAGUCGCGGUGGCGAUUGCAUUUGGAGGAGGAGUGUCAAAAGCGAUGCCUGUAAAAACAAGACCAAAAGAAACAGAAAACGUUGGGAGGAGCGAAGAGGGAGAAGAAAAAGACACGAUAACGAAGACGACAGAAACGACGAUGGAAACGACAGCAGAAGAAGUAAGCGAUGGAGAACAAGAAGAGCGAAAUCAACGAGAGCAACUGCCAAAAGUAGGAGUUAGCAUAGCGGAACGGAUGAAGAUGUUCGAGCAACAACAAGUGCCAAAUAAUCAGAACGACGCUUUUGCAGGCUUUGAGGACUUGACCGUUUCUGAACGAGGAGGAGGACAAACCAACCCGCAAAACGGAACUGCAACUGCUCCGCCUUCUGUUUCACUUUUAUAG